CUGUAAAUAUCCAUCCUGAAACGUUUAUGGCAUACAUGAAAAAUGGGAAGACAACAGUUCGUCAUGCACGAGGGAUCGUUGUUGGUUGUGCUGGAGCUGGGAAAACAACACUUCUGUACAGACUGAUGGGGAAAAGUCUCGAUGAAAUCAAAGAAAUAAAAUCCACUAGGGGUCUCCAUGUCUACGAACACAUAUUUUCUGUGAAAAACGGAGAUUUAACAGCUACGGACGAUGAGUUCUUAAGGAAACCAUUGAUCAGAAUUCCAGCAUCUGAAAUUCAACAGAAGGGAUCAAGCCCCAAUGACGACUCAGUGAAUGUAGAAAUGGGGAUAGAAACUGAAAACAGUUCUAGCUUGGAAAACAAUAAGGUUGAUCAGAGUACUGGAAAAGAAUUAAAUGUAAGACAGAAUACUGAACCGGGUUCACAGAAAAAUGAACCAGAUGAUCUACAACCUACAGAGAAUAAAAGAAGAAAAAUGCAUGCCGGAGAAAAUGACGGUAUUGAUGAACAAUUGGCAAGGGAUGUAAUGAAAAAAAUAUUGGAUGCCAAGGAAAAUGAAAUAAGUGUCAGCAUGAUUGACUUUGCUGGACAAUUUGCUUAUUAUGCUUGUCAUCAGAUCUAUAUGAGAUCAGAAGCAUUCUACGUACUAGUGUUAGAUAUGAGUAAAGAUUUCGAAAACUUUGUUUGUUGUGAAAGAGAUGAAUGCCGGGGCUCCAUCUUCUCUACUUGGACAUAUAAAGAUUAUCUUGACUUCUGGCUUGACUCCAUAAAAUCGUUUAGUGGACCUUCUGCACAAGUUUUUGCGGUGGCUACGCAUACAGAGGGCAGGACGGGAGAGGAAAUAGACUCCUUUUGGGAGACUCUUUGGACAAUAAUAACAGAAGAUGAUAAGACCAGGCUUUAUGACAGGGACUUUGCAUUAGGACUAAUAGAGAUGAAUGAGGAAGCAAAGCAUGUUCUGCAAAGUUUAAAAAAAUCAAUUUCUGAAGUAGUUUCACAAGGCAUGGAUACGAAGAUAGAAGUUCCAUCAGCAUGGGCUCUUCUUGAACAUCUCUUGCAAAAAACAGAAAAGCCAAUCUUGUCUAUUAGUGACAUCAACAGAGAGAAUAUGAAACUUCCGGAAGAAUAUCAGUUGAAAAACCAAGAGGAACUAAUUGAUUUUCUGUCUUUUUUCCAUGGACACGGGUUUUUACUCUUUUUUAAGGAGGAGGGACUGAAAACACAUGCAGUUCUAGGCAUACAGUGGUUUUCUAACGCAUUCAGUAAACUUAUUGCUGACAAGGAGCACAUUAAUAGAGAGUGUAAACGAAGAUAUAUUGAAGACUGGAACCGUUUCAAUGCCACAGGAAAUCUGAGUAAUUUACUGGUAGAUGCUCUAUGGAAAGAAGAAUCGUCAUUUAUAGAACACAAGACACUACUUAUGUCAUACAUGGAGAGAUUACGGAUGUUAGUCAGCAUAAAAGGCAAAUUCUCCUGGUAUGUCCCCUGCAUGAAUCAAAAGCCUUUCACACACGACGUCUUUAAACAAACAAUGGAGAAGUCGUCCAUUCUUUGUUUUCGAUUCACUUCCUUUGCCAUGUUCGUAUACUACAGGCUUAUUGCAUAUUGCAUGAGUUUCCUGAAGUGGAAAGUGCAGCUCGAUAAGGACAAAAGUCAAUGUCUAUAUCACUCAGCAGCGAUAUUCGAAACCGAAAAUCACACAGUUAUCGUUGGUAUAAUCGAUAACGAUAUCCAGGUGCAGGUGCUGCGGAUUAAUGAUCCACAACUUAAGGUUUCCUGGAAAACUGGAAAAUCCAUUCAAACUGCCUUAACAGAAUUGACAGCAACAUUUAAUGAGAAGAAAACCUUUCAAAAAGGUUAUAAAUGCCUUAAUCUUUUCUGCAGUGAAAAGGAUCAAACUUUUAUUCCUGAGGAUGAAAUUUCUGGAAGUCAAUGCAAUUGUCCUAUUGGGAGAGGAAAACAUAAGAUUGAUGUUCAAUGGACAUUGGGAUUUUGGAAAGAUAUUGACAAAGGGUUGCCCACUCAAGGUGACAAGGCACAAGGAAGUACAACUGGCGAUGAUAAAACUCUUCGACGAGGUCGUAAGAGGAAGAGGAAGAAGGAGAAAACUGUAGUUAGCAUAAAUGUAAAAAACAUCACAACAACCUCAGGAAUGGUAACCUUUGGAAACUGCGACAAUACAUCAGUUAAACAGAACCAGGGCUCUUCAGCUAAAAGGAAGAAAUAUAAAAGGACCACAUGAGAAUUAUUCAUUCCAAGGACCUACCAAGAAUACCUGAUAAGGAGAGAAAACAUACCAUUUUUGCAUUUUGUGUAAAUGUAAUAUGCAUUUUUGUUCAAGCCCAUUGUAUUAUUUUU